AUGUUACACUUAAGUAGUAGUAGUAGUAGUAAUAGUAAUGGUAAUAAUAAUUUAAAUCUUUAUAAGAUUCAAGUAAUAAUGAAUAUUAGAGAAAUUGGUAUUAUUAAACCAUUUAUAGAUACAUUGUGUAGUGAUAAUGAUCGAUUACAUGAUCAUCAUUACAAGUUUGUUGAGAAUCCUUAUCGUGAGGACGUUAAGAGUGGAAUUCUAAAGCAGUGGUUUGCAGAUGAACAUGAACUCGGCUGGUGUAACUUUAAUCGCAUCGUUACCUGGAGUGCAAGUGGAUGCAUUCGUAAGAGAAUAACGGUGGACCGCUCUGUAGGUGCGAUCAUAGCUGUCGAUUGGAUCGUACUGCCGCACUACUCUGACUCACAAUCGAACCGAUUCCUCUAUGUUCUCACAGAGAGUUCGCUGACACUCUACAAUAGCGCCGGUAGUAUCUACCGUGUCGUUUUACCAUGUCCGAUAGUCAACAUUCACCAGAUACCGGAUGGCAUUCUGCUGGAGCGUCAACACAACACACCCAUCAACAAAGAGCAGCCGUCACUACUAAGCUUACUUCAUCCACUGGAAGAACUUCGACCGGUACUACAACGAGAUGAUGAUACCGACGAUCUAUCAUUCUUCUACGACUCUAACCAUCAGGUGAAAUCAACCUACAACAAACAUAGCAACAAAAGUGAACUUGUAACUUACAACAAACUUACCAAAUCACUACAUUUCUAUGAUGUUAUAUUUAAAGAACGUACACCAAGACAUAAAAGAUCUAUACCAGAUUCUUUAUUAAAGAAUAAUAUAAAUAAUAAUAAUAAUAAUAAUAACAAUAAUAAUAAUAGAAAUAAUAAAUAUAGAGUACAACAACAACAACAGCAGCAAAAACAAUUACAACAACAACAACAAUUAUAUGAACCAAUAUCAAUGUCAGAUUCAAUAGAAAUAAUGAAUACAUAUAGUUCAACAACAUCAUUAACCAGAUUUAUGGAACAGUUUGAAUCAGGUAUUCCAGAUACUAGUUUUAUAACAGGUGAUGAUGAGUUUAUCAUCGAUAGUGAUAUAGUUAUUAAAGAAGAGAGAGUAGUGUCACAGGUAACACUAAUAUCAAAUUCAAUCAUUAGAGAUGAUAAACAUUAUUAUAUUUUCAAUAACAAUACAAUUACAGUUGCAUCAAUAGCAUCAACAAUAACUACAGAUCAUAUUCAACUACAACCAAUAGUAAUACCAAAUACAUAUUUUUAUUUUGUACAAUUAGAGAAUCAAAAUACACUACUAUUAUCAAAUCAACAUAAUAAUAAUAAUAAUAAUAAUAAUAAUAAUAAUAAUAAUAAUAAUAAUAAUAAUAAUAAUAAUAAUAAUAUUAAUAUAAAGAUAAUAUUAGAUAAUUAUAAACCAAUAAUAUCGAUUAAUAACUCAAUAUUUAAUAGAAUAACAUUAAUAGAUAUAAAUGGUAUUCACAGUAGAGUUGAAUUAUAUUCAAAAGAGAAUCAAUCUAUAUCCAAUUCAGAUGAUAUAAAACAAAAAGAGAAUACAAUAUCAACUCUAUCUCCAAUUAACAGUAACAGUAACAAUAAGACAAAUACAGAUAUAAUCUAUCAGUUAGCAUCAAUUUAUUUAGGACAAGAGAAAAGACUAGAUAAUAUACCAUGUUCGCAAUCAAAGUCAUUAAACAUGCUCUACCGUAUAUUCAAUGAGAGCUAUUGCGAACAGUUGAUACUUGGAAUGACUAGUACCGGUGUAACUCUGGAAGAUCUAAAUGCUUUGACAUUUGGUGUCUCGGUUCCACUACGGGAAGCUAUUAGAUACUGUCGUCAGAAUCCACCGUUCAAUUGGAGUGAAAAAGAGUACGAUCUCAUCGGAAGAAACGAUCUGAGUUGGCAUAGAAUGCCGUCGAUAUCCAACUCUGAAUCGAAUCAAUCCGAUACUCUCUCGUUUGAAUCUCUGUUCUUUCCCGAUAGGCUGGCACCUUUCGAUCGUAGACUGAUCACAGCACUCAACUUCAAUAGCGAUCUACGUCUGGCCGAAGUAAAACAUAUGCUAUCGUUCUCCUCUCGUAUUCAUCUGACACACCAACAGGAACAGGGUGUCAGUGACCACGAUUUCCUCGAGCAAUUGCAAUCGAAACUCUGGUUGGCUGCGCAACGAACCAUGUCAUUGCCAAUCGGUCUUGGCAUGCUGACAAUUGGUUCGGUGAGAGCGGUUGCAACUGAACCAAUCUCAGUUACACCUAUUGUGCUUGGCGGUGUGGUUGCUUCCACUAAAACCAACAUUUCAUUGAGUGAAACGAUAGCUGCAACUCCCGAUUUGUUGAACUGGCCGGAUUUCCACGCAGGUGCUGCAGCUGGCUUCAGUUUGACAGCAGAGCAUGCAGAAAUCACCAAUACUUGGAUAGUUUACAAUAGACCCACCGAAUUUACACCGUUCUACUCUGGUUUGUUGAUGGCACUUGGAUUACAAGGUAAACUAUCGUCACUGGCAUUCGUUCGUGUGUUCGAGUAUCUCUCAUUGAAACAUCAGAUCACCAGUGUUGGUUUGUUGAUUGGUAUCGCUGCCUCCAAGUGUGGAACAAUGGAUAUGUCAGUGGCAAAGAUACUCAGCAUUCACAUAUCAUCGUUGCAUCCGCCAUCCUCAAUCGAUUUGGAUGUUCCAUCGUAUGUUCAGAUCGCUUCGGUGAUGGGAAUCGGUUUGCUCUACCAAGGUAGCGGCAAUAGAAGAAUGACAGAGGUUCUAUUGAAUGAAAUCGGAAGGAAACCACUCAAUGAUAAACCAUUGGAUCGUGAUAGCUAUACAUUGACCGCUGGUAUGGCACUUGGAUUGAUAAAUUUGGGUCGUGGUGGUAAAGAUGGUAUUCUUGACGAUCUGAACGUAGAGAAUAAAUUGAAAUCAUUCAUUGGCAACGGUAGUUCAUCGACCACUGUACAAACAAGCUCUUUGGGUGCCAGCGAUACCAAAUCCAAUCUAAUCUUUGAGGGAACCAAACCAAAUAUCGAUAUCACAGAGCCAGGUGCAAUCAUGGCACUCACAAUGAUCUAUUUGAAAUCAAAUAAUCAAAAGGUUGCUUCCUACUUUUCAUUCCCAGAAUCGAAUUACUCUUUCAAUUUCGUUAGGUCCGAUUUACUAUUAUUAAGAACCAUUGGUAAAUCAUUAAUUAUGUGGGAUUCAAUAAUUUCAUCAGAGGAAUGGAUACAAUCACAAAUACCAAUUAAUAUUAGAAGUACUGUUAGUUUUGUUGGUGGUGAUAAGAUAUUUAAUGUAACACCACUAAGUCAUGAGGAUCAGAGCGAUCUCUUAUUGUUGGCCUAUUUGAAUAUUGUCGCUGGUUUGUGUAUGUCUUUGGGUUUGAGAUUCGCUGGUUCUCUCAAUUCAAAUACAGCGGAUAUCCUAAUGGUGUGGACAAACAAACUACUGAAAUAUCAAGUACAUCUCGCAAAGCAAAAGAGAGUCGAUCGUUCAUUACGUACAACCGUGGAAACUUGUCUGGGUGUAGCUUCUAUCUCUGUUUCUCUGGUGAUGGCAGGCACUGGUGAUGUCAAGGCGCUUCGUUUGUUGCGUUCGAUUCGAUCGAGACUCUCGAAAGAUAUCAACUAUGGAAAUCACAUGGCCAUAAACAUGGCAAUUGGAUUCCUGUUCCUCGGUGGCGGACAAUAUACUCUGUCGACCAGUGACACUGCCAUUGCAUCGCUGUUGAUCUCACUCUAUCCUAAAUUCCCAUCGAGUAGCACCGAUAACCAUUAUCAUCUGCAGGUACUCCGUCAUCUCUACUACUUGGCCGUCGAACCAAGAUGUUUGAUUACCCGCGAUAUCGAUACUAAACUACCGUGUCAAGUGCCAAUUGAAAUCGAAACAACCGAUGAUGCAAUCAUCUCAAAGAUGACUCCAUGCAUUCUUCCAGAGUCAAGAUGUAUCAAAUCGAUACGACUCAACAGUCAGAGGUAUUGGAGUUUGAAAUUCGGUGGGCCAAAUCCAGCUGCCGGCACCAAACAGUUUGAGAGUUGUCCAACGAUCUAUGUGAAGCGAAAGAUUGGCCAUCUACCAUACAACGAAGAUCCAGAAGGUUUCAAGAGUUUGGCGAGAAGUUUCCCAAAGUACAGUAGUGGAGCAAGAAACAAAGAGGAGCUACUAAGAACGUUCUCUGCAGAUCAAGAUAUACUGGCGUUUGCUAAAUAUUUCUGUACUAGCACCAAGCAUUCCCAAGAAGAAGAAGCGUCGCUAAACACUCAGAUUCUCUACCAGUGUUUGACUCAUGACAAACCAGAGAUCUUACCGGUACUUCAACUCAUUCGAAAACUAUCGACCGACAAUGUCCAAGAGAAAUCACAUCAAGAUCAAAUCGAAACUAUUAGGAAUCAAAUACGAUUACUAUGGGCAUACUAUCAUAAAUUGGAUUUAUUGGGUGUCGAUUCCAACUCUUAUUCUAGAUUGAUUGAUUCUUCGGAUUUAAUCAAAAUUGCAAAUAAACUACAAAUACCUUAUGAUGAUACUAUUAAAAAUACUAUCAAUAUAAAAUAA